GUGGUAAUCUUAUGAUUUUUGAUCAAUUAUUUAAAAUAAUGCACGUUUUAAAUAUGGGAAUUUUAAACAAAUUCAAAUUUAUUUUGAAUUUCAACAAACAAAUUCAAUUUGAACCAUUAUUAUAUUAUAAGAAAUUAUUUUCAACAAGUACUAUUUCAUAUGGUAAGCAGUUAGCAUAUAAUAUGAAAUUAAUUUCUUCAUCUAAAAAACUUACCUAAGGUAGGUAUUUAAAACAAUAUUAUUAUGAGUAAAUGCUAUAAUUUAAAUUAAUCAUAGUUAUACAGAUGGUAAACUUAUAACUUGUAAAUAUCAUUGCCUAUUUGAAAUCAUACACCAUAUAUUUAUUUAUAUGCCCAUUUUCUUAUAAUGGGUACCAUUAAACAUAACUUGUUUUGUUAAGAAAUUUAAUGUAAGUGGUUUUUUUUAUUGUCAUUAUUUAAUUUAAACCAAAAACUGAUUGGAAGUAUUCAGACAUAUAAUUCUGUAUCUAUUGUUUAAAAAAAAAUGUAUAUAGGUAAUGGUUUCUAAUAUUGAGUUGGUAAAUAAAUGACUGCGCAUAAAUUACUGUUAUUUUCUCUAUACUUAAAUAUUUAAUAAGUUUUAAUUUUCAAUUAUUUGAAGCUGUUAUUAUUAAUGAAUAACAUAUAGAUGUAUUAUACACUUAUCUAGUUUAAAUGAACACUUGUAUGUGUACACAUAUUUUAUGUUUCAGAUAGUAUUAGUAAUCAAAAUGUUAAAGUAUAUAAACAUCAGCAUAUUACAUUAAUAUCGUUAAAUAGGCCAGAAGAAAAGAAUAUAUUAAAUUUGGCAACAGUAGGUGACUUGAAAAAAGCUAUUUUAAAUUAUGAAAAUGAUUGUUCAUCUACAAUUGCAGUUUUAUAUGGAGAAGGAGGAUCAUUCUGUGCUGGAAUGGAACCUGAAGAGUUGGUCAUAGAACAAAUUUAUCAUGUACUUAAUAAUAUUUUUUAAAUUUUAAUUUAAAUUUAAUUUAAUAUUUCAUUUAAGGAUCUUUUGCAAACACAUUGCCAUAAACCAAUAAUAGCUGCUGUUUCUGGUUUUGCAUAUGACAUUGGCUUUGACUUGUGUUUAUGGUGUGAUAUGCGCAUUGUAGAAGAGAAUACUAUAAUGGCAAUUAAUAGAAAAUCAGACAAAUCUAAAUCAAACAUAUUUCUUAAAAGGCUUUUAUCAACUGUUGGUUAUUCAAGAACUAUGGAUUUAUUUUUGACUGGUAGAGAUAUAAAUUCUAAAGAAGCUUUUGAAUGUGGACUUGCAAAUCGAAUAGUUGCUUGUGGAUCAAGUAUGUAAAUUUUACAUUUUUAAUUGAACUAUUAAUACAAUUAUCAAUAUAAAUGUGUAAUAUAUGCUUAUUUUUACAAUAGGUGUGGGUCAAGCAGUAAAUAUGGCAUUUAAUAUUGGUAAAUUUCCACAACAGGCUAUUAUCCAUGAAAGAAAUGUAAUACAUGAAAUUAUAUCAAAAUAAUAUUUUAGUUGAUACUAUUUUUACUAUUAAUUAAUGUAUAUUUAUCUAUCAAAUGUAUUGGUCUAGUUUAUAAUAAAUCUAAAUUAUCAUAUACAAGAAAUGAUUCUUAGGGA